AUGUUUGACAAAGUUGGAGCUGGUGUGUAUUCAGAGCCGUUUGCCUUUUGCUCUUUUCUUGGUCCAUUUCAGACCAAUUCCGAUGGAGAACUAGAGACAAUUAGAGUUGCAGCUGAACAAAUUAUUGUUAGAACAAUUCAACUCACUCAAAAAGAUUGUCCCAGUCAACCAUUCAAGCGAUUUCCGCACAUAAUAAAUUCUGUGGAAUCAAAAAUUAUUGAAUCUUACAGAAGAAGAAGAAGUCUUCUAGCCUCAAAAGAGAUGGUCGUUGUCUUACAGUGGAUCCCGGAUCAUGUUCUAAUUACUGACAAUGAGUGGGCUAAUGAAAUACAUAAAAAGGGACUGAAAUUUUACAAUUAA